UGGGGUCUCUUGGCGGAGCGCGAGUGAAGAGGUGCAGAGAGGAAGCGGCCCGAGGAAGAGGGUGGUCCCUCCAGAAGAGAAACUACUUGUGGUUUUGCAGCCUGGGAACACUGGCGGCAGGAUUUCUGGUAGGUCCUACUUGAGGACGAAAUGUGAUGCUGUUCAAACCUCUGUCUGCAUUGAGUCACAGUUGAGCUGCUCACUUGGGAAGCCUUUUUUGUUCUAACGGCUUACUGAACUUAUGAAACCAUGGCAGAAGGAGAGACAGAAUCACCAGGGCCCAAAAAGUGUGGCCCAUAUAUCUCAUCUGUCACUAGCCAGAGUGUGAACUUGAUGAUUCGAGGAGUAGUGCUGUUUUUUAUUGGAGUAUUUCUGGCGUUAGUAUUAAACUUACUGCAGAUUCAGAGAAAUGUGACACUCUUUCCACCUGACGUGAUUGCAAGCAUCUUUUCUUCUGCAUGGUGGGUACCACCAUGCUGUGGCACAGCCUCAGCUGUGAUUGGGUUAUUAUACCCCUGCAUUGACAGGCACCUAGGAGAACCACAUAAAUUUAAAAGAGAGUGGUCCAGUGUAAUGCGGUGUGUAGCCGUCUUUGUUGGUAUAAAUCAUGCCAGUGCUAAAGUGGAUUUUGAUAACAACAUACAGUUGUCUCUCACACUGGCUGCGCUAUCCAUCGGACUGUGGUGGACUUUUGAUAGAUCUAGAAGUGGUUUUGGCCUUGGAGUAGGAAUCGCUUUCUUGGCAACCGUGGUCACUCAGCUGCUAGUUUAUAAUGGUGUUUAUCAAUAUACUUCUCCAGAUUUUCUCUAUGUUCGUUCAUGGCUACCGUGUAUAUUUUUUGCUGGAGGCAUAACAAUGGGAAACAUUGGUCGACAACUGGCAAUGUAUGAAUGUAAAGUUAUCGCAGAAAAAUCUCAUCAGGAAUGAAGAAGGCAAAAUAUAUCUUUUCUACAGAAAAACAAGAUGAAAAGGGCAUGUAAAUGAUAGAUAUACCACCAAAACUUCGGACUGUGAAAUUGCCAGGAUGCAGUUUUUCCUUUGAUUGGUGUAUGUAUGUAUAUAUACACACAUAUAUUAUUAUUGCAAUCUGUGAUUGCUUCAUCUGUAAAUCAGUUAUCAACCUUUAUGUAUUUGACCUAAAUAACUGUAAGAUAUAUGUGCACUACAUUAAAAAAGUUGAUUAAUGGAUCAAAUUUUUAAAUUAAUUUUUUAAACAUGCCAUACAUUGUAUCACAAUGUUGAUGUGCCAAAUAUUGUCUUACUGUCAUGCAGAAUAUAACAGUACUUUGAACAGUUUAUAAACUUAAUGAAAUAAAAUAAGAAGAAAGCCAAACAAACAAACAAAAAAAAACAACUCACCAAGAAGAACAAACGGGAAGCUGGUAUUUUCCUUUUCACUUACUGUUGUGCCUUUUCCUUCUUCUAAUCACAGCAGUCUGACUUAUAAGUGCCCUACCAUGUGGUUAGUUUUCACUUUAAUGUUGUUUCAGACAGUUUUUGAGUAUUUUAAUACCAGAUGAAGGUGAACUUCCACCAAAUGUUUUCAAAUCUGCACUGCUAGAGAGAGCCUGAAGACUAAUUUUCUGUUUAAACAGAUUUUACUGCAGUUCUAUGUGGUGAGUAGGAGAGGUUAUCAGCAUAUUAAAUGGUUUUGAGACUAAAUUUGGAAGAGCAUAUAUAAUUAAACAUAGACACCAUUAGAGAAUUUAACUAGAAUAAAUAUGUGUUUCGGAAAUACACAGUGACUUUCUAUAGUACAACAAAGUACACAGUGAUUGUAGCUGUCCUUUGCAAUACAGAAUCUCACUACUUUUGCACAUGGAAUAUAAUAAGAAACUUCAAACAGAUCAAAUGAAGUUUCUAAUUCUAUUGGAUUUUAUAAUCUAUUAGGUUCUAUAAACAAACCACUUUAGCUGGGCUCCGUCAGUGGCUUGCCUGGAUUUGCAGCCUUACUAUAUGCAAUCUGGGGAAUGAAUGGGUACAUGAUUUCUUAUGUAUUCACAAGUCCAUUAGUGACUAGUUCAAGUCUGUUUAAGAAUGAAUGUUUAAGAUGGCAUUCAGUGCAUGUUAAAGAUCUUGGUAACCAUUUUGGGCACAUCUUUGCAACAACUAGACCAUUUUAAGUAUGGUUUAGACACGUUCUUUGCUAGCUUUUUCUUCCAAUUUUUAGUUUUGUAAUUGAUGACACUGUCUGAUACACAAGAGCAGAAUCUCUUGAGUACUCUGGUGUGUGUGUGUGUGUGCACUUGUGCACACAGCGUGAGCCUCAAUGUGUGUUAGAAUGAGACAAUGUGUAUGUCUAUAUGGAUGUGCCUGUACCCAUGCUUUCCUAGAAUGUUGACUAGAUACUUCAAGUUUUUGGUUUUAAAGCGAUUGCUAUCAGACUGAGAUCUCAUAUGCCAAACUUUAAUCUGCUUUUAUGAUUUCAGGCUGACGGUAUGAAAAUCCCAAGAGGAUUUCAUAUUGAGUAUGUGUACACAAACUUAACUAUAGUGUUGGUAAACAUGCUACUAUAAUUUAUUAUUCUAUAUUCUAGAUAAUGUUAUUCAUUUAGAACAAAUAAGGUAUAUUUUUAGAAUAAACUUUGUAAGCAUUAUAAAAUCUUUAAUAAGUUAUAAGGUCUAUGAUGUGUUUGAAAAUUGCUGUUAAAAGCAAGAUGUAUUAAAUAUGUAAUUAUCA